CGACGGUCGACUCUAAAGUAUAAUUAUCGAGGCAGACAUCAAAACUUGACUGGUUCAAUGAAAUAAUGCCUCAAGAUGGGAAAACAUAAGGAUCUACCAGCAGAGGAGGCAGGGGGAAAGGAGCCAAAGGUUCAAGGAGACGCCCACGUCCACGGAGUCUAUGCGGUCAGAGUACGGGUACCGGUACGACUACGAGCAACGAGAGCCACAACGGAGAGCCCGGCAAGCCAGCAGCCGACCAGACCGGGUGUGAUCGAGCCUUCGCUAGGCGAUGGACCAGAGAUAGAGCUCUCAACAAGCAACCACCUCCCACCCACGUUAACCCACGACGAGCCACCAGUCAUCCGGGCUCGAAGAAUCUGGCUGUUUGGCGACAGCUUACAAGGAGGGCUCGGGAGAGGGCCGUCACCACGGGGAACCACAACUUUGGGGGCUGAUUAAAGGCUACGAGGUGUACUAGUUGGUGGAGCCGUGGGGAGGCUACUACGCUUCCCAACUGCCCGAGUGACCUCCAAGGGAGAAUGAGAUACAGCCCCAUACCAACCUUAAUAAUCAUUCACGU